GUACUUUCUCUUUUUAGCUUAUUUGCUCUUCCUUUACCCUCUCUUUAGCUCCCUCAUUCACAUGAAAAAGCUUAAAGCAACCCGCAGACAGCAUAGAAAAAAGUGAUCAAUGAAGAAGAUGAGCGGCAGCACUGAAUCCAGCAGGAGCAGAGGCACGAGAUUCCUGUUCGUUUUCUUCCCGGAAAUUGAAACCACCGCUGUCAAUCCUUCAGCCACCGUUACCAAGAAGAAAUCCAGCCAUCUCUUCAGUAAGCUCCGCCCCUCCACCGCCGCACAGUCCACCAUUUCCAUCUGCGCCCUUCUCAUCUGCGUCACUCUGUUACUCUUCACCCUCUCCUCCUUCGAACCCACAUCUUCUUCCUUCUCUGCUUCACGCGCCAGAUCAAGGAAGUUAAUUUCUUCAUCUUUCUGGGUUUCCAGGUCCCCCAAACACAGCCCAGAACACGCAUUACAGGGGAUGGGGAUUCUGCACAGAAGGGGCACGAGAGCCAUGAACGAGCUUGUCGUGGCUCAUGCAGUUGAGUCACUCACUCCGCGUGAGCUCAGGCUGUUCUUGCGCCUUUUGUUCCGGUCCGGGCUGAGUUCAAAAUCCGAUCUUUUGCUCAUUUUCCCGCCGAACUCGGGUUCUUUUGAAAGGACAGUUCUUGAAGAGAACGAGUCGUUCCUGAAACUCGUUCAGAACUCGGCCAAAGACGGGAACUUGACGAGUUUCGACUCGGCCCAGUUCAUGGUUUCCGCCAAGAAGGAGAGGGAGAGCGGGGAGCCAAUAUGGGGUCGGAAAACGAAGAGCAAUAACAGUUCAAGUAAGGAAGAAGAGUCCGAGUCGACUCGGUUGUCUUAUGGCUCUGUGGUGAGUUUCCAAGCGGACGAGCUUGACCCGGAGAAUUCCCUGGCCAGAUUUCUCCAGACCGUCCCAAUGGGUUUGAGGAGAUGGGCUUGUUACCCGCUGCUACUCGGCCGGCUCAGGAGAAGCUUCAAGCACUUGAUUUUAGUCGAUGCCAAAGAAAUUCUGCUUCUCGGUGACCCACUGAGUCGACUCAAGAACAAAAGCUUCGACUCGGUAUUCGUGUCAGCAACUCUGGCUCAACCAGCGCCGGGCCGGAAGAGCCCAGACCGAACUCAGCCGUCUGGGCAGAGACCCGUUAGCCCGAAAGUUGUAAUGGGCGGGUCAAGAGGGGUCCGAAGAUUAUCCAACGCGGUCUUGACGGAAAUUGUUCGGGAAACAAUGCUACAAAAGAAGAAGAGUUCGGUUACCGAGUUCGGGCUCUUUAACCAACUCAUUGGGAAUGAGUUUCUGCUGAAAAGUAUAAAGUUGAUAGUUUUGGCCGAGUCCAUCCCGGAACUGAGUUCACUCACUGGGUUAAGCUCGGAGACAGUUUCUUCAUCAUUACUGGCAAAAGUAUCAGUGGUUAGGCGGAGUAGUAAUGUCGAUUCGAUUGCUUUAAUUAGGAAACAGUUGUGUUCGUUUUCUUCAAAAUCUGCUCACUAUAGUGACUGUUAGUUGAGACUAAUUAAUUACUAUACUGAAAGAGAAGUUUAGCAUAAAUAUAGGGAGUAUAUAGUAAAUUUAGUUGCCAUGAUAUGUUUAUUUGAAAUUCCAAACACAAUAUACACAGUAUGAUACGGAGUACUUACUCCGUUCUUUUUUAGUUGCAACAUUCCCCUUU